AUGUUAGCACGGGCGAAGAUUCUCCUUUUGCAAUGUCGGGAACCAUUGAACGAUGCCGUCCUCGAUGCACUAGUAAAGCCAAUUAGACUAAAUGCAUUCGAGUCCCGGGCAAGUCUUUCGACGCAAGUACAUUGUGAAGAAAAAAAACAACAAUCGGAGAUUUUCCGCCUCCGUAAUGUUUCUCUAUCUCUUCCCUCUGACGAUCGAUUUAUUAAUUAUCGCAUUUCCUCUUCAUUUCAAAACUCAAAUAAUAACAGUAUGCAACCAAUCAGUUUAAUUCUGGUGUUGAUCGUUGGUUAUAUUACUUUAAUUACCAUGACAUGUGCCCUUUCGGAGGAAAAACAUCAAAUGGAUGAUAUGCAUGUCAAUCAAGCUUUAAGAAACAAACGUUUCUACGAUUUCGGUUCUCGAUCAGUUCAUGCCGAUGAUGAAGAUUUACAAAAUUUCAACGACGAAUUCGAACGUCUCCGACGAUUUUAUGAUUUCGGUACACGAAAGCGUUUCUAUGAUUUCGGUUCGAAGAAACGUUCUGAUGAAUAA